AUGACGAAACCCCAAAAAUGUUCCUCUACAUGGUCUGCUAUGUUAGGCUGCAGAAGUGAGAUGAAGGAAGGGUGUUGCUGGGAAGUUGGUAAUGGAGAGAAGAUACAUAUCAAGAAUGACCCUUGGAUUCCGAAACUUCAUAACAGGAGGCCUAUCCCCAAUUUUCUUUCAACAGAGAAGCCUGUUUUAGUUAGUGAACUUAUCCUACAGAACCCUCCAAGGUGGGAUAUAAACAAACUCCAGCUAUGCUUCCAUUCGCAUGAAGUCGAGACUAUAUUGGAUAUCCACUUACCUAACAUCAGCGAAGAAGGGACUGAGGGUAAAUUACUUUGGCUUCACCAUCCUAAUGGGGUCUUUACAGCAAAAUCCUUCAUCAAAACUUUAAAUGAUAGAGCUCCUUCUUAUUCUCAUUAUGGUAAUACUGAACAUAUACCUUGGAAGAAAUUUUGGCAGGUAAAAAUUUUGGCACCCAAUCUUCAAAUAUUUGCUUGGAGAAUUCUUAAUAAUGGUAUUGCAGUUGGUAGCAGGAUGAUGACAUACUGCAAAGAUAUUAAUACAGAGUGCAGGAUGUGUAAUGGUGUUGUUGAAACUUUGGAACACUUGUUCCUAUACUGCCAUGUAUCUCAAGCUGUUCUUUUUGCUUCUCACCUGACUCUCAGAAUUGAUGCAAGCCUAAAUCUUUCAGUUCACCACUAUAUCAAGAGUUGGUUAUUAGAAUGUGGAAACUACUCAAAGUUAAAAAUGGGGAUUUGUCUGUUCUGGAGUAUAUGGAAGACCAGGAAUAACAUAGUCUUCAACAAAGGAAAUGUGCAUAUUCAGAAAAUGCUUCAAGAGGCUUGUUACUGGUUCCACCGUGAUACCAACAUUCAAGACGAUACCACUCUGCCUUCUGAACAAGACUUACUAGACUCUGCCAAGACUGUUUGGUCUCCUCCCACUCAGUCAAAAAUGAAAAUAAAUUUUGAUGGUGCUGCUGGAAUUAGAGGGUUCGCAUGCGCGGCAGUGGAAAGGAACUACAAUUGUGAGUUUAAUGGGUGUCAGACACAAGUAUUCACAUUCAGCACCCCUGUAGAAGCUGAAGCUCAUGGUGCUUUGGUGGGAAUUGAGCUUGCCAUCAGCAAGGCUAUAAGGCACAUUAUCAUUGAAGGUGAUUCACUCACUGUGAUCAAUUCUCUCAGGAAUUUGGGUGAGUUUGGAAGCUGUAGAAGUCUCGAUGCUAAAGCAAGAAGAGAAUUACACAUCAGAUGUUCGAAUAAAGUUCUGUCACCAUCUUCUUGUCAACUAAAAAUCUGUCUAAAAUGGGUUGUUGCUGCAAUGCCGCAACAGCCAACACAGGGGACUUGUGGCCAUUGGUUAAUGUGGUCAUUGAAAGGGGUUGUCACAAAUUUUCGAUGCCCUGGUUCAGUAGUCAUGCUGGGUACAGUGACCUGUGGAUUCAAGCCAAGUUGUGGGUCUAUUUUCCUGCCGAGAAGUUAG